AUGGAAUUAAAUAUGGCAUCGACUCCAAAAAUGAAUCCGAUCAAAUGUCAAAAUGGAAAGAUCGUCGCCGCGUUUGAGGUCACUGAAAAUGAGACCGUUUGGGAUUCCAAAAACACGUGGAAUUUGCGUGGGAUUUCCCCAUCAGAUCUCAAGACAACGGUCAUCAAUGAUGGAGAUUGGUCAAAGCUCAAGGGUAUCGAUCUCCUGGACGGCUUCUCUCAAAGUCUGCCUCCUACGCGAAAAUGGCCUUUUUUUCAAGAUAUCCUCAUGCUUGAGCGUCUCUCGCGUGACACACACACCGAUAAUUAUACAAAUAUUUGUAAUGGGAUAGAUCUAUACAUGGCAAAUAAUCCAUUUGCAUUGAUGAGAAGUUGUUUAGUAGAGGGCGGAGAGUGGGGAGCUUACGCGAUUCGUCUCCCCGCCCGGAAUGGAAAGCAUUUCUUUUGGAUAAAGGGUGCUCCCAAAUUGAUAGCCGAGGAUUCUCAAUAUCAAAUGACUCGCUGGAUUGGAUUAGCUGCCGAAUUCGAGACGAGCAAUAAGAGAAACGAUUCAUCGGAAAGGCAGGAUAAGCUGACAGGAAAACAAAAGAAUCUUCUUCUUGUGAGGAAAGAUCUUGGCAAUGGAUGUUCGAUACUAAUCAAUCAAGAGUACGACCAUAUACGAGUGAAUGAGAGGAAAGAUUAUGCGGAUAUUAUCGAGAUCAAGACUUGGCCAGAGAAAGAGAAAGAGGCGCGAAAAGAAAGAAUUAAAAGCUCAUUCUACUCUGCCUCCAAACUCUUGGACCUCGAUGUCGUUGUUUUAUGGAAAGAGAAGAUACCAAGAGAGUUCCCUUGGAAAGAAUGUCUGGUGAAGUCAACGGAGAAAUACCCAACUGAAGAGCUCAUUUCGAAAAACCAAGUUCGAUUAAAAAAGGGAAACGAGGCAGUUUGUAAAUUGGUAAACGCAUUACAUCGAAGCAACGAAAAAGUGAACUAUAUAACGAUUACGAAUAAUAGUUUUGCCUUGGAACCGUCGACUCUUGAGAAAUUCAUUGAGGGUUUGGAGGGUGAGUCAAAGAUUGGAGACUAUGUGAAAUUGACGAUCGAUGAGCUGGAGAGACACCAUCAAAAUGCAGCAAUACGGCCAGUGAUUGAAGGGAGUGGUAACUCCAUGAAUGAGCGUUUAUUUGACAAUGGUAAACAAGUACAUCAACAGAUCUCGUAUGCUGCAAUGGUUAAGAAAGGAGUGAAUCAGCUCCCAGUUGAAAGAUUCGCCAAGAAUGAAUCGAAGAUUAAAGGCCCAGUGAAAGGAGAAAGUGUGCUGGAUAGGCAAAAUGCAGAAAUACCGGUGAAUGGGAAAACUUCAAGAUUCAAGAUAGCAAGCAAUCGAAUUGUAAGAGGAUCAAGUGACAAUUGUAGAAUGGUAACCCGUUCAAUCUCAUAUGCUGAAGUGGCAAAGAAACAUCUGAAAAACCAAGAAAGCUUCAAGCCCAGAUUUCCAAAA